AUGAGUCCGGUAGAAGCUCCGCAGUUCUAUAAAAACACACUUGAGCCGAUUGAGAUAAACCAAACGAAUCUACUCAAUGCAUUGACGGAACUACGUUCCUCUACCCGCCGCGGGGCUGAAUUGGUGGGAAAGGGUAGUCCUGCUGAACCUGACGGAAAGGUUGGCCUUUUCAUGGGCGUCUUAGGGAUUGCUCUCGCUUUUCUGCGACUUGAUUAUCAAGCGUCGUCCUUAACAGAGGAAGGGGAGCCUAGCUCCCCAGAUUAUCGAAAGUUGGCCACCGAGAGAAUCCCAAGCCAUGGUCCCAAGAUUCCUCUUGUGCCAGGGAGAUUGUCUCCUCUGGGUUCAGGGAGCCCGCUAGCUGCGACUGUCAUGCGUGUUCAAGCGGCAGCCAAACUAGGCCAUGCCGUUUCUGGUACUGAUGUCGACACACUACGUGAUGCGGUCGCAAUCGCACUUAAACAUGGUCAUAUCGUCCCCCAUGCUAAUCAAAACAUGGGAGGAGAUGAAGUCCUCUAUGGACGCGCUGGGUUGCUAUGGUCCAUUCUGAACAUCCGAGUUCUGAGUCUGGAUGAAAAGAGCACGGAAGCUUUGAAGCCAGUUUUCGAAUCCGUUCCGCAUCUGAUUAAAGUCAUAGUUGAGGCUGGACGCCAGGGCCAUAGGGACUAUGUCCAGGCUUACGGAAAUCGUGAUGCGCUGCCACUGAUGUGGACGUGGCAGGAAGGUCGUUACGGGUUAGGAGCGGUCCAUGGCAUGACUGGUAUCCUAGCUGUACUACUGGCGUGCAAAACAGAAGAGCUCAAUAACGGCACCUCACACGACUACUUCCCUUGGAUAGCAGAUACUGUUCUCGGCCUUUGCAGAUUAUGCAUUGCCAACAAUGGCCAUCUCCCAACUACUAUACCUCCUCGUCAGUCCACUCAGCGAGCAUCACCAUUGGUGCAAAUCUGCCAUGGUAGUCCCGCUAUAUUACUUCUCUUAGGCUGUGCCAGGCGGAACCGCUACCUUGCGUCAAAUUUCUGGCAACCAGAAUGGGACAAGGCUAUCUUUCUAGCGAGCGAGAGGGUCUGGGAGGAAGGGCUGCUUUCGAAAGGCGGGAGUCUCUGCCAUGGCAUCACGGGAAAUGCAUGGCCAUUGCUGCUUUUGCACGACAGCUGCGAGUAUGACGAGGAGUUGUUGGAGAUAGCGAAGCGGAAUUACGGGGAACGGACAAAAACAACUGUCGAGCAACCGCAGCCAGCGCUCACGGGAGACUACUUUCUGUCUAGAGCACUUGCGCUACUGCUCCAUUCGCGGGAAACACCCCCUUACAAUGCCUCUCCGGAAUCAUCGACAUAUGUCUACCGUAUGCCGGAUCGGCCCUAUUCUCUGAGCGAGGGUCUGGCUGGGACUAUCUGCGCAUGGGCUGAUGCGUGUGUGGCCAUUCAAGCGCGACUCCGAAAGAUGGAUCUCGAGAAAGGCAAUGCUGCAUCAGUUGCCGCCGCCCUGAAGGGUGAUGCACAUUUUCAGGAGUUGGAGAAUCGGAAGCUGGGGUUCCCAACCCUGGCUUACCACAGACCUGCUGGUCUACUAUAA